GACGGGGCGCGCGCGGCCGGGAGGGGCGGGGCGGACGCAGGGCCGCGUUUAGUCUAUCGCAGCGGUUGCGAGCGCUGUAGGGACCCUGUGCUGUGCCGCGCAGUUAGGCAGCAGCAGCCGCGGAGCAGUAGCCGCCGUGGGAGGGAGCCAUGAAGCACUACGAGGUGGAGAUUCUGGAUGCAAAGACGAGGGAGAAGCUGUGUUUCUUGGACAAGGUGGAGCCCCACGCCACCAUUGCGGAGAUCAAGAACCUUUUCACCAAGACCCAUCCGCAGUGGUACCCCGCCCGCCAGUCCCUCCGCCUGGACCCCAAGGGCAAGUCCCUGAAGGAUGAGGAUGUUCUGCAGAAGCUGCCCGUGGGCACCACGGCCACACUCUACUUCCGGGACCUGGGGGCCCAGAUCAGCUGGGUGACGGUCUUCCUAACAGAGUACGCGGGGCCCCUUUUCAUCUACCUGCUCUUCUACUUCCGAGUGCCCUUCAUCUAUGGCCACAAAUAUGACUUCACGUCCAGUCGGCACACAGUGGUGCACCUCGCCUGCAUCUGUCACUCAUUCCACUACGUCAAGCGCCUGCUGGAGACGCUCUUCGUGCACCGCUUCUCCCAUGGCACCAUGCCUUUGCGCAACAUCUUUAAGAACUGCACCUACUACUGGGGCUUCGCCGCGUGGAUGGCCUAUUACAUCAACCACCCUCUCUACACACCCCCUACCUACGGAGCUCAGCAGGUGAAACUGGCGCUCGCCAUCUUUGUGAUCUGCCAGCUCGGCAACUUCUCCAUCCACAUGGCCCUGCGGGACCUGCGGCCCGCUGGUGAGUGCCUGCUGGGGGCAGGGGGACAGAUGAGCUGGGUGAGGGGGUCUGACUUUCUCCUUCUGUCCUGCUUGCCAGGGUCCAAGACCCGGAAGAUCCCAUACCCCACCAAGAACCCCUUCACGUGGCUCUUCCUGCUGGUGUCCUGCCCCAACUACACCUACGAGGUGGGGUCCUGGAUCGGUUUCGCGAUCAUGACACAGUGUCUCCCAGUGGCCCUGUUCUCCCUGGUGGGCUUCACCCAGAUGACCAUCUGGGCCAAGGGCAAGCACCGCAGCUACCUGAAGGAGUUCCGGGACUACCCGCCCCUGCGCAUGCCCAUCAUCCCCUUCCUGCUCUGAGCGCUCACCCAUGCUGGGGCUCAGCCCCUCACCCCGGUGGCAUUCUGGGGGAGGAGUGGGGCCCACAGCUCUCCAGCACCCGGAAUAAAGCCUGCUUGCCCCAGUCGGA